GACCCGUGCAAUAACUACACUGUGUUGGAUGAACCUUGGAGAGCCACAGAUAAUCGAUUCACCUUCGAUCUAAGGUGUGACACUUAUGUCAGCUGGAACGGCUGGUAUCGUCUCUUCGUCUACGGCCAAAGCGUUCACAUGCCGGACACGUGUGUUGAUCGGCUGAGCUGUGGCACUCAUGCCCCUCUGUGGCUAAACGGUUCACACCCACAAAUUGAGGAUGGAGUGGUGACCCGAGCUGUCUGUGGUCACUGGUGGGGCGACUGCUGCGCUUUUAAGUCUAAUCCCAUUAGAGUGAAAGCUUGCCCAGGAAACUACUACGUCUAUGAAUUUGUCAGACCUAGUUUCUGCUAUGGGACCUACUGUGCAGAUGUCAGGAACACUAGUAUCAGUGUUUCAACUGUGACUCCACAGACUGCCUUGACUGCUUUUCAGAUUGAUCCCUGCUACAACUAUACAGCCCUGGAUGAUCCAUGGAGGGCAAUAGACUAUCAGUUAUCAUACAACUGUGAUGCUAGUUUGAGUUGGGUUGGCUGGUAUCGUCUCUUCCUCAAUGGUCGAAAUGCUCAGAUGCCAGAGACAUGUGUUGCUCAGCUUAGAUGUGGCACUGUUGCUCCACUAUGGGUAAAUGGUCAACACCCAAGAGUUGAAGAUGGAGUGGUCACCCGAGAUGUCUGUGGCCACUGGAGCGGUGACUGCUGCAAUUAUAUAUUUGAUCCCAUGAAAGUGAAAGCCUGCCCUGGCAAUUAUUAUGUGUAUGAGUUCAAAAACCCAGUGUUCUGCUCUACGGCAUACUGCGCAGAACUCAGCAAUGGUACCAACUAUCUAACUGUCACACCACCGACCACAGCAACUGAUGUCAGAACUCCCGUCUCUGAGCCGUGCACUCAGUACAGUAUUCUUGAUGAUGGCUGGAGAGGUUUAGGGGUACUCGGCCACAAUUCCCCAUACAAUGUCCACGAUGACACUCUUGUUGAAUGGAGCGGCUGGUAUCGGCUGUAUUUGAAUGGCACAAGUGCUCAGCUCUCUGAGUGGUGCGUGAGCUACUCAGAAUGUGGUGGUGAAACUGGACUAUAUCUUAAUGCCUCUCAUCCCAAACUUGAAGAUGGAGUGGUGACCCGUGAUGUGUUAGGAAUGACAUCAGGGUGGUAUUUCAGCCAAUGUGGCAACUAUAGAUCCACCUCCAUCCAAGUCAAAGCCUGUCCAGGAGAUUAUUACGUCUAUGAACUCGUCAAACCAAGCAGAUUUAUGCCUAGGCCUACAUACUGUACAGUUGCUUUCAACAACAUCAGUAAUGAUCCUUGUUACAAUUAUGAAUCUCUGGAUCGUCCCUGGAGAGCCACAAAUGAAAGUGGUUUCUUCAUCUGUGAUGGCGCUUUCACCUGGAACGGCUGGUACCGACUUUUCUGCAAUGGAAUGAACAUCCAAAUGCCAGAGAGCUGUAUUGGUGCAAACGGAUGUAACACACAAAACAGUCUGUCACUCAUCAGUCCUCACCCUCAGAUAGAGGAUGGAGUGGUGAUCAGGGAGGUCUGUGGGAGUGUGGGGUUUGGCUGCUGUGCUUAUAGAUCAACACCUAUUAGAGUCAAAGCUUGCCCAGGCGAUUACUAUGUGUAUGAAUUAUCUGAUCCAUCAUUCCCCUGUUCAGGAUAUUGUAUAGAUGUCAGCACACUAUCUCAGCUUCCCACUACAAGUCCAGCUGCCAUCACUGGAUCCAGCAUUACCUUGAAUUAUGACCCGUGCUAUAACUACAACAGUCUUGACAAUUACUGGAGAAGCACAUACAAUAACUGGUUGGUGGAUGAACAUGCAUGCGAUGACUCUCGUGUUCACUGGGAUGGCUGGUAUCGACUCUUUAUCAAUGGGUCAAGUGCUGAGAUUCCCGAGUGGUGUUUCACUUAUAUGUCAUGUGGAGGUUACGUUUCCCUUUGGCUUGGUGGCCCCCACCCACAACUUGAAGAUGGAGUUGUUACUCGAAAGGUUUACGGCUCUCGUUAUAACCAGUGCAACAACUACAGAUCAGACCCGAUCCAAGUCAAAGCGUGUCCUGGAAAUUACUAUGUCUAUAAACUUAUUAGGCCUAAGCUAACAAUCCCAGCUCCUGUAUAUUGUGCAGUUUCAUUUAACACCCCUAAUACUGACCCCUGCUACAACUAUACCAGUCUGGAUGAGCCUUGGAGAGCCAGGAACAAUUCUUACUUCGGUUAUAUGUGUGAUUAUAAUGUUAACUGGAAUGGCUGGUAUAGGUUGCUUUACAAUAAUCAGAGUGUCCAAAUGCCAGAUUCAUGUGUUAGCAAUGGCAUGUGUGGCAGUUAUCAGCCACUUUGGCUCAACGGCUCCCACCCAAGACUAGAAGAUGGAGUGGUCACCCGACAAGUCUGCAGUCCCACCUGGACUGACUGCUGUGGUUACACAUCUCAUCCAAUACAAGUCAAAGCCUGUCCUGGAAACUACCAUGUGUACAAGUUUACUAAGCCAUCAUUCUGUUCAUCUUAUUGUGCAGAUGUUAGAGAAAUUAGCAACUUAUUAGCAUCUACAACAGCAGUGACAAUAUCAACCCAAGAAUCUCCCAUAGCAACCUCAGCUGAUCCUUUAGACCCCUGCUAUAACUACACGGUGCUCGAUAAUUAUUGGAGAUCAGUUAACAAUACACAGUUCUCCUCCAUACGGUGUGAUUCGUCUGUCAGCUGGAAUGGCUGGUAUCGCCUCUACAUUGGUGGCCAGAGCGCUCAGAUGCCAGACACAUGUGUUAAUACGUCUAGGUGUAGUACUGAAUCCCCUCUGUGGCUAAAUGGAGAACAUCCACGAGUCGAGGAUGGAGUGGUGACUCGAAGUAUCUGUGGUCACUGGAACAAUGACUGCUGCUAUUUUAAAUCCAAUUCCAUUCAAGUGAAAGCCUGCCCUGGAAGUUACUACGUCUACGAGUUUGUUUCGCCAAGUUUUUGUUUUGGGACCUACUGUGCAGAAGUCACUACUUCCAGCUCUGACCCAUGCUUUGGAUACAAUGUUAUUGAUGAAAAUUGGAGAGACUUGCGCCAGGAUUACCAUAACUAUUAUUCAUUCUAUGGCCAUGAUGACACUCUUGUUGAAUGGAAUGGCUGGUAUAGGCUGUAUUUGAAUGGAAAAAAUGCUCAGCUCUCAGAGUGGUGCGUGACGCAAUCAGGAUGUGGUGGUGAUAUUGCACUGUUUCUCAAUGGUUCUCAUCCACGGCUUGAGGAUGGGGUGGUGGCCCGUGAAGUUUUGGGUACAUGGUCAAGCUCGUCAUUGGUUUGGUGGUGGUGGUGGUAUACGUGGAGCUUCGGCAUCUCCAAGCAGUGUGGCUACUAUAAAUCCGCCUCCAUCCAAGUUAAAGCUUGUCCAGGAGAUUAUUAUGUCUAUGAACUACUCAGACCCAAUGCCUCAAUGAUCAGACCUGCGUACUGUACAGUUGCUUUUGACAGUAUCAAUAAUGAUCCUUGUUACAACUAUGAAUCUCUGGAUCGUCCCUGGAGAGCCACAAAUGAAAGUGGAUUUUCUGUUACUGAUGAAUUUUUCUCCUGGAACGGCUGGUACCGACUUUUCUACAAUGGAAUGAACAUCCGAAUGUCAGAGAGCUGUGUUGGUAGAUACGUCUGUAAUGCGUUUAGUGGUCUGUCACUCAAGGGUCCUCACCCUCAGAUAGAGGAUGGAGUGGUGAUCAGGGAGGUCUGUGGAGGCGAAAUGUUUGGUUGUUGUGCUUUCAGAUUAACAGCCAUCAGGGUCAAGGCUUGCCCAGGCGAUUACUAUGUCUAUGAAUUUGUGAAGCCUCUAACAUACUCAAAUUCAGGGUAGUGCACAGAUAUUAGUACUAUAACAGAAGCCUUUUCCUCUACUAGCCCGGCUUUGGCUAUUGGGUCCAGCAUGUCCACUUACAUCAGAGAUUAUGACCCAUGCAAUGACUACAACAUUCUUGACAACCACUGGAGAAGCACAUUAAAUUAUGGGUCUCAAUAUCAAUAUGACGACAGUCGUAUUGAAUGGCAUGGCUGGUAUCGACUCUACAUUAAUGGAAUUAGCACUAAGAUGCCUGAGUGGUGUUUCAUUUAUAUGUCAUGUGGAGGUUUUAGUUCUCUGUGGCUUGGGGGACCUCAUCCUCAGUUAGAAGACGGAGUUGUUACUCGAGAAGUCUACGGCUCUGUUAAUGACCAAUGCCGUUCCUUUCAAUCCAACCCAAUCCAAGUCAAAGCUUGCCCUGGAAAUUACUAUGUCUACGAAUUAAAAACCCCAAAAAUAUCAAUUCCAGCUCCUACAUAUUGUGCAGAUCCAUUUACCACUCCAAGUGUUGACCCUUGCUACAACUACAAAAAUCUUGAUGAGCCAUGGAGAGCCACUGACCACUCAUAUUACAGUAAAAAUUAUUACUCUGUAAUGUGUGAUUAUAAUGCUUGGUCCUGGUAUGGCUGGUACAGGCUCUUCUACAAUGGUCAGAGUGUCCAGAUGCCAGAGUCAUGUGUUAGUGCUGGUAUGUGUGGCACGAACUACCCACUUUGGCUCAAUGGCUCCCAUCCACAACUAGAAGAUGGAGUGGUCACCCGAGAAGUCUGUGGUUCCUCAUUGAAAGACUGCUGUGGAUUCAAAUCUCAUCCCAUUCAAGUCAAAGCUUGUCCAGGAAACUAUUAUGUAUAUGAGUUUGUCAGGCCACAUUUAUGCUCUGCUUAUUGUGCAGAUAUCAGCGUUAUAAAUACAACAACAACAACAAAUAUUUCCUCAGGACCAUUUUAUCCAUUUGGAUUCGGAGACAAAGAAACUAAUCGUUCUGAUGAUGGCAUUUCAUCAGUCAUCUAUUUUCGACGACCAUUUAUAUUUUUUGGACAGGCAUACAACCAAGUAUAUAUCAGCAACAAUGGAUUCUUGACUUUUGAUUGGCCAUGGUACAGCUACUAUCCAUACCAAUUCCCAGGUUAUGGUGGACAAGAUAUCAUUGCUCCAUUGUGGGCAGAUAUUGAUAACCGCUUCACUGGUGUCAUUUCGUAUCAGCAGUACACCUCCGGCAGUGUGAUUUCAAAUGCCACACAAGAUAUUAACCAAUACUUUACUGACCUGCGCUUCUCUGCUACUUGGGUCUUUGUGAUAACAUGGGACAGAGUUCCAUAUUAUCCAAUUUCACGAACCGAAACAUCUUUUCAAGUGGUUUUCAUUUCCGAUGGCCAUUUAUCCUUUAUUUUGAUGAAUUAUGGAACAGUUGCUCCAACUCAUCGAUUUGUACAGGCUGGUUAUGACACCAACAGUUCUAGAUGCUACUUCUCAAUUACGGGUUCGCUACAGAGUGACAUCACAAACUUAACCUACAGCAGCAAUGUCAAUGUGCCUGGCAGAUGGGCCUUCAGAACAGAUCAUAGAACACGCGGUUGUCAGUUAAAUGCUGAAGAAGAUCAUUGUUCAAAGUUCAGCUGCACUGAGAAUGAACAUUGUGAGGAGAAAAAUGGUGUUUAUGGCUGUUCUUGCAAGAAGAACCAUCACAGAUCUCAGCCUUCAGCAGCAGACUCCUUUGACUUCACUGAAACCUGUGAAAACAGCUAUGGCUCCAUAUCUCUGUCUCGCUGUCAGCUUUUUGAUGCUGGCUUUCCUUCUGACAUCUUGCACCUCAAUGACCCCAACUGCAGAGGAACAGUCCGAGAUGGCCAAGUGGAGUUCUACUUUGACAGCUAUGAACACGUCUGUGGCACAAGUUUAACAGCCAAUGGCACACACAUCAUCUAUGAGAACUUUAUUGUGGGAGAACCAAACAUAUCUGGACUUCUCAUUAGCAGAACAAAAGCCCUGAAGCUUUCUUUCAGCUGUGUUUAUUUGCAAACACAAACACUCUCCAUGGACAUCAACCCUCUUGAGAGCACUGUGCAUAAGACCCUUCCUGUUGGUAAAGGUACAUAUCGGGUCCGAAUGAUUCCAUACCAGGAUGCAGAAUUCAUCCACCCCUUCGCUGGUAGCGUGGCUGUGGAGGUGAGCAAACAUAUUUUUGUGGAGGUUCGCGUUGAUGGUGUUGACGGUCGUCAGUUUGCCUCAGUGAUCGACCAAUGCUGGGCUACACCUGUGAAUGAUCCUCAUGAUCCUGUCCGCUGGGACCUCAUUAUUGACAGGUGUCCCAAUCCAAAUGAUGUUACAGUGGAGCUGGUGCAGAAUGGCGUUUCCACAUUCAGCCGUUUCUCAUUUGAGAUGUUUGCCUUCACUGCAAACUCCACAAAGGUUUACCUGCACUGCGCUAUUCACCUUUGCCUUCUGACACACAAUCACUGCUCAGUGAACUGUGACUCUGAACACCACAGGAGAGAAGAAAGAUCCGCAGAUAUUCAUGACAGCGCUCCCAUAUCCUUGGGUCCGUUUACGUGGUCUGAAAAUGACAAAGAUUUGCCGGUGCCACGCCAAGUGCUAGUAGCAAGAGCUCCAUAUCUGAGUGUUUCUCUUACUGUAUUGCUUAUUUCUCUGAUGUGUUUGCUGAAGUUCUUCUAGAAUAUUUCCACUAAGGAACUUUACAUGUCUAAUCUAAACUGUUUAUCUCUUCCUUAACCUCUGAAAAUCUCUGGCACUGAUUCCACAUCGUUACAAACUUUCUAUAUACAGGAUCAGUUAAUUAAAAGUUUUUUACAUUUACAAAAUUAUGUCUAUCAGAUUCUACUGAUUUGUAUCAGAUUCUGUAAGUCUAUAUACAAUAAACCAUUAAAUAAUGAGAUUAUGC